AUGUGGAGCCCCCACUUCAUCAACUUUCAGAUGAUAGGAAGGGAUCUUCAUGCUAUUUACGGCGUUGUGGAGGUAAACAAUUCUAACCCCUUUCAGUUUUCGCUUUCAGCUAUAUAUGCUAGCACAAAGUUUAAAAGUAGACUAGAAUCUUGGAAUGAAUUAAUUGAUAUGUCUAAACAUGUGUCUGUGCCUUGGGUGGUAAUGGGAGACUUCGAUAAAAUUACCUGCCAAUCGGAUAAACUGGGUGGAAAUCGUAUAAAACAAUACAGGGCUGAUAAUUUUGUUGAUGCAAUGAAUGAAUGUGGUUUGAUAGAUGCGAGUAGCAUAGGAAGUAGAUUUACAUGGUUUAAUAAGAAAAAAGAUAAUCCCAUUUACCAAAAACUAGAUAGGGCUUGGUUAAAUAUGCAUUGGUUAAAUUUGUUCCCUAAUUCCACUAUCCAUAACCUCCCAAGAGGGACUUCAGACCAUAACCCAAUCAAACUGAACACAGAACAAAGGGAGAGAAGGAUCACUUCUGCUCAACCCAACUUUAAAUUGGAGCCAUUGUGGUAUGCUGAACCUGGUUUCUCAAACAUGGUAGAUGAAAAGUUGAAUGCUGACUGUUCUAAUUUUGUGACUAAACUCAACAACAUAUCAAAAACAAUGUCUGCUUGGGCUAAAGAUAACAUAGGGAACAUUUUAAAAAUGGGAAAAUUCUAUCUGCUAGAUUAA